ACAAAAUAUUUAUGUCAUUUGAAACGUUUAGGAAAAAGACUCAAAGAAAUCGAUGCGCGGAUAGCAACCGCGUUACUACGAAAACACGAGUUGGGUGAAGAAUUGUUAGCUAGCUCAAUCACUCUCGACUUCACAAAAUGCCCCCUAAAAAGAAAGGAGGAAAGGGCAAAGGCGGUUCGGGCAACAUUAUCGAUGGGGUGGACACAACACAGAUGACUCGAGAGCAGCUCGAGGUCUUCUGUCACCGAAUAAAAGAAGAAAACGAACGAGAAAGAGAAGAACGAAAUUUCUUCCAACUUGAAAGAGAUAAAUUACGAACGUUUUGGGAAAUCACAAAAAAUGAACUUGAAGAAGCUAAAGCAAAACUCAGAAACAAAGAUCGGCAAAUUGAAGAAGCAGCUGAGAAAAAUGACGAAGAACUGAAAUUUUAUAAACAAAAAGUCAAGCACCUGCAAUACGAACAUCAAAAUAAUUUAACAGAAUGUAAAGCUGAAGCGCUAGUGUCGCUAAAAAUGUCCCAGGAUGACCACACUGAACAGGAAAGAGAGUUGUUGAGAGAUAAAAGAGACCUAAAAGCGCAAAUACGUGAACAAGAAGUUGCUCAUCAAGAUCAAAUCAAAUCCCUGAAAUUGCAACACAGUGAAGAAAUAAGCAACAUAAGAAAUCAAUUUGAACUAAAAGAAAAAGAGUUGGAAAAUAAAUAUGAAAAGAAAUUUGCUGAUCUCAAACAAGAAUUAAAUAUAAAACAUACUAUGGAAAUGUCCGAGUUAGAAGAGCGGAAAAAUAAUCAAAUUACUGAUCUUACAAAGCACCACGAGAAAGUAUUUAAUGAAAUGAAAAACUAUUACAAUGACAUUACUUUAAACAACUUGGCGUUAAUAAGCAGCUUAAAAGACCAAAUGGAAGUUCUUCGGAAGCAAAACGAACGAAUGAGUAAGCAAGUCGCUGAUAUAACAGCUGAAAACAAGCGACUCACUGAGCCUUUAAAACAGGCACAAAUUGAUGUUGCUGAAUACAAAAGACAACUUGAACAUUACGAGAAAGACAAGUUAUCACUGGCGAACACAAAGGCUAAACUAUCAACUACAAAACAGGAGUUGGAUGAUUUGAGAUGGGCAAAUGACGCGUUACAAUUAAGAUUUGAGAAGCUCGAGGCUGAAAAGGACGAGUUGAGUCGAAGAUUCAUCGACGCAAUCUUAGACGUUCAGCAAAAAACUGGCCAGAAAAAUAUGCUACUGCAGAGACGUGUUCAAACUUUAACAAAUGUUGCAGAAUACAGAGAUGUGAUAAUUGGAGAAUUGAGAGCGUUAACGUCGGAAGAUAUCACAGCCAAAAACUUGAAAUUAGAGAAAGUUUUAGCAAGGAAAAAUACGGUCAUUCACGAUUUGCAGUAUGAGCUAGCCAGAGUGUGCAAAGCUCACGAUGACCUUUUGGACACUUACGAAGAUAAAUUGCAGCAAUAUGGGAUUCCCAAAGAGGAGUUGGGGUUUGUUCCACUGAGGAUAUUGCAGGAUGGACAAGGAGGGCUACCGAAAGGGCCGGCAGGGCUUGUCACAAAAAAUCGAUAGUUAUUGUGUGAAUAAAU